AUGUCUGGAGGGGCAGCUAUAUUUUUACGCUCAAAACGAAAGGUCAUUUUAACUGGUUUAGAAACAGAAGCAGAUGCCAGAGCAGCUGAGAAAGCACCCGUUAUUAUUCCUACGUUUCCUACGUUCAAAGAUGUUCAUACUCAACGGAUGCAUAUGAAGCAGAAACUAGCAGCAGGUUUUCGUUUAUUAGCAAAGUUCGGUUGGGAUGAGGGGGUGGCUGGUCAUAUGACCUUCAGAGAUCCUGAAUACCCUGAUCUAUUUUGGGUCAAUGCAUUUGGCCAGUAUUUCGGUCACAUUAAGGCCAGCGAUUUAAUUCUAAUUGACCAUGAAGGUUCUAUUGUACGUGGUACAAGGACAGUGAAUAAAGCUGCGUUUGUCAUUCAUGCAGCAAUUCAUAAAGCACGACCUGAAGUAUUUUGCGCAGUCCAUACUCAUUCUAUUUAUGGCAGAACCUUUUCUACUUUUGGUCGUAAACUAUUGCCUAUCACGCAAGAUGCAUGUGCUUUCUUUGAAGCCCACUCGGUCUAUGAAGAUUUUGGCGGCGUUGUAUUUGAUGAAGCAGAAGCUCAGCGCUUGACUACUGCUUUGGGACCUACAAACAAAUGUUUAAUUCUGCAAAACCAUGGUUUGCUCACAACAGGUAAAACCAUCGAUGAAGCUAUUUGGGCUUUUAUUUCAAUGGAAAGAUGCUGUCAGUCACAACUAUUGGCAGAAGCUGCUUUACCUAAUGGAUAUAAAGACUUGAAGCUUAUUUCAGAUGAGGUGGCUCGAAGUGUCUUCCGUAACAUAGGCAACGCACAGGCAGGUUAUGCUCAGUUCCAACCAAUGUAUGACAUGAUCAUUAGAGAACAGCCUGAUUGCUUAGAAUAA